AUGACAGGUUCUACAGAGCUCCUGGAAUGCCCCCUGUGCGACUUCACUGUCCUUCCGACGGACGACUACAUUAUUCAACUUCAUUUCGAGCAGAUUCACACGACCGAUUCACCGUUCAAGAUAGAGGAUCAUCCGGAGCACCCACCGCCGUUGCCUAAGAGACCUUGCUCUGCACUUUCCACAGCCGACACUCGACUAACACCUUCCUCCGACGAAGAUCAAAACAUGGUCGAAUGCCCUGAACCCGAUUGCGGCGAAGCUGUCUUGCUUAGUGACUUCAACGAACAUUUUGAAUACCACGCCGCAGAAUCAUUAUCAUUUGACGAAACCACUAGAGAGUAUCGUUCCGCAGACAGCGCUAAAAUGCAUGGUUCAAGGCCCAACGCCCAUCACGCGGGAUCUUCAAAACCUUCAUUCCUAGAGCACAAGUCUGACACCGAGUUGCCGGAAGCUCUGCGACGGCAUGAUGAUCCAGGACGAAGGUCCAAGAAGAAAAUUCAGCGCGGCAGAAGCGAUACAACCGGUAGCGAGAAGAGUACCCUGUCGCGCAGUAUUCAGACAUUCAAUCCAUUUGCCAGGCCCGACAAGAAGAUCAAGCCUCCUUCCAGCAGCUGUCGCCUUGGACGCGUUGAACUUGGCCCUUACGCAUGGGAAGACAAAAUGCCCAAAUGGCUUCACGACCAGCUUGCCUUCGGCCCUAAGAUAACUGUCGUCAACCGCAUUGGUCGCGACGGCCGGCUCAUCAAACAGGAGAACGUGCAGAACGAAACGCCAGGCAUCAUUCCUAUUCUUGCUCAACUAUCGGCACUGGACCGAUCCGUCAAGGAAGCUUAUUAUUGUCAUCCGUCUACGCUUCAUAUAGGCAAGACGCCGAAGGAGGGUGGCUUCUGUGGCUAUCGCAAUAUUCAAAUGCUCAUCUCGUACAUCCAAGGUUCCCGGGCUCAGGGGCAUAAGGAGUUCCCAGGCCGCACACCGGGUAUACUGAAGCUACAGGAUCGUAUUGAGAGGGCCUGGGAUCAGGGAAUCAACACCAUUGGCAGGCAGCAGACUGGUGGCAUCCGAGACACGAGGAAGUACAUCGGCACACCGGAGGUAAGAGCGUUAUCAGUGCCAUCCACUUCGCUCACUAACAGGACGCAGGCCCAAGCUCUUUUCCUCAGCGCUGAGAUCGACAAUGGCGUCGAAAUGUUUAGCGACAACCCUGAUGGCUCGAUCGAAGCUCACGAUGCCCUUCUUGCUGGAGUCGAGCGGUACUUUGCGCAGGCAGCUAUCAGCGACGGAUCGAACGUUUACAAAACUCUCCUACCGCCUAUAUAUCUCCAGCAGCCCGGUCAUUCCAUUACAAUUAUCGGCUUCGAGCGUCGUCGCGAUGGCAAAUGUAACCUGAUGGUCUUCGACCCUAUGUACAGCACCAGUCCAGCAAUGCAUAAAUUGAUUGGACGCAAAGACAUCAAGUCGCCUAGGCCUGAAGUGUUGUAUGCCUACCGUAGGGUGGCGAAACAAUUGCGGAAGCAUGCUGCUUUUGAGGUCCUGAUGUGA